AUGAACCUGCUUAUUAUUGGACAUUUAGCUGUUGUCAUUAUCUUCGAACGCUCUUUCUACAUUUUCGACAAGCGGCGCUAUCUUCAGGACAAGAAGGAGUCUGAUCGCUUAUUUCAUGUCGCUCUCGAGCAGUACAUGGCAUCUCCGCAUGCAGCUGCUGUCAGGGAAGCUGUGAGUGCUGCCGUCCAGGCAUAUGAAGACGUUGUGGCUACUGCCGCACACACAUAUGAAGAAGCCGUGAGGACUGCUGUCUUUCCAGAUCAAGGAAAUGUGCCUUCUUGGAUGGCGAAGUUACCGUUCGAACCCUUGGAGAGAAUGACUUUCAAACGCUCUCAGGCGAAGGAGAAAGAAUCUUCGUGCUCUCGGGCGAAGGCGGAGUUGAUUGAAGCUGUUCUUGCAAUCGUUCUAAAUCAUCGCUUGCUUCGGAGAGGAGUGGGGGUAUCUCGGUUGCGAAGGCUGCUUGAUAUGUUUGUUGAGGUAGAUUGA